AUGGUGGUCUCGGAAUCCUACUACACCAAUACACAACUGUUACAAAAGACCCUAGGCAGGGCAGAUCUGUGGGCAAAACGGCACACAGCCAAAUUCGCCCCGGAUAAGUUCGAACUCAUCCACUUUAAGAACCCUCGGGAACAAGAUACCAAUCAAAAUGCUCAAAAUACGGCCACCAGCAUCCUAUCGGACGUUGACCCCUACGACCUUGAUGUAUAUUAUCCGCAGGGCAACGACCAGAUACUAAUUAUAUUCUCUGGGGGCCAGAUCAAGCCAUCAGAAUACGCCAAAUACCUAGGAAUCUGGCUCGAUAAAACUCUGUCUUUUCAGAAGCACCGGGACUAUACUAUCGCCAAGGCCAACGGUAGUCUAGAAGCCCUCCGGAGGAUUAUAGGAUCUACGUAG